UCCGAGGACCAGCCCCAAGGGGCUGGGACAGAUGCUGUCGAUAAUGUGGACAAUAUAGACAAUGUGGACAAUUUAGUCAGUGUUGAUAAUGUGGAUAACAUGGACAAUUUGGAUAGUGUGGACCUUGUGGAUAAUUUGGAUGAUAUGGAUGACUUAGAUGAUUUGGAUGAUUUGGAUGAUUUGGAUGAUUUGGAUGAUGUGGAUGAUAUGGAUGAUGUCAAUGAUGAAGAUGAUGCGGAUGACGCGCAGAAUGUGGAUGAUGUGGAUGAUGUCAAUGAUGAAGAUGAUGCGGAUGACGCGCAGAAUGUGGAUGAUGUGGAUGAUGUGGAUGAUGCGGAUGAUGCAGAUGAUGCGGAUGAUGCGGAUGAUGCGGAUGAUGCGGAUGACGUGGAAGAUGUGGAUCAUUCGGAUGAUUCGGAUGACGUGGAUGAAUCAAGCAACUCAAAGUGAAGCGAAAGUGUAUGUGUUGGUUGCAAAUGAGCUUAUAGUGGUAUCGUGAUAUUGAUUAACCCAACUGCAGACUUUGUUUUGUAUGAUGUCUUAUUAAUACUCAAUAGAUGCUUAGGACAUAAAUUAAUUAUCAGUUUUCAAAGUCUUGUGUACACAAACAGCUGAUUAUACAGAAUUGAAAAGGUUUGAUUAAAUCUCUGAACAUUAACUUUGAGAUAUUAUUAUUAAGACAUUUUGCAUAACAUAUCAAUGUUUCUAAGUUAUGAAAUUCUAAAUUCAAAGAGUGCAAAGACUUCAGUUAAUGUAGAAUAUGUUGAAGUUGAGAAGUUAUAAAUAUAAGAUAAUUAAUUAUAAAUAGAUGCCACGUUAUUAAUAUAGCUCCAGUGUGGAUUAUCUUUAUUCAUAUUUUGGUAUUUUCAAAUAUUGUUUGCAAUAUAUACCACACCAUUUGUACGACACCAAAUAAUAGAUUAAACAUAAAUAAUUGUAAACAUUUCAAUAACUAUACAUUGAUUUUAAAUAUCUGUUAUAAAGAUGAUUUCAUUGUGUGUUAAACAUUUUCAAUCUUACGUCUAUGAACAUUAAUUUUACUGCUGGUUAAAGUGAGUGCCAAUUCUGUGGUUAUUUUAUAUGAGCACAUAUUAUACAGCACAAUGUAAAUGACUUAUUGAAGGUUAAAAAAUUAUAAUUUUAUUGCAUGCUGUUGCAACGGUAUAUAUUUUAUUGUUAUUUUUUUUUUUUUAAUUUAUGAGUAUUUCUUUAUGUUCCAUUCAUGCAGACAGCUAUUUCGUUUUAUAUAAUUUCUCUGUGGAUAUUUUUUUUUUAUUAUCUGUAAAUAUUGAUGUUAAUAUUGUCGUUGUAUACCUAUCCUGUUGGUGUACACACAAUUCAUGCAUCUAAUAAAUGUAAUAAUUAAGUUAAAUUAGUAUUUUGUCAUAAGAAUAUUUUUAUUAAGGAUUAUUCAAUACUUUACCACAUAUUACCUACUGACUUAAAAAAUAUAUUGUAAAUAUUAACAUAUUUAUUGCACUGCAACAAAAUGCACACUUUUAUUUUAGUUUCAUGACAAUUGAAAAUUGCUUGUAUUCUAUUUAGUUCUAGUCGCUUAUUAAUUUUUAGGCAUUGUUUAAAUAAUUACUGUAGUGGGGGUGACCAAAAAAAAAAAAAAAGAAUGCAAAUUUCUUUCAUUAUGAUUGAGGCUAAUUUUGAAAAAUUGUUUCUGAUUUCAUAUUAAGUAUGUAUAAAUUAAAAUUAAAUCAACUUGUAAAUAAUGAAUCGACGUGUAUCACAAUUUUUACAAUCAACAUUGGUUUUAAUAGGAAGUUACAAAGGUUUUGUCAGAUUUGAUAUGUACAAUACAUAGUAAUAAGUGAAGACCAGUGGUCGCAGUAUGUAAGGUCGGAGGGCCGCCUAUAGUAUUAGAAUAGUGAAAUAUAAUCUUAUCUAUUCACCAUAACCGUACGACAUUCAGAAAACUAUACUUGACAAAAUUUUAACAUAUAAAAUAUCGUAAUGGUAUUUUUUAUAUAAAAUUUUGCCAUGUGUAAGUUUUUGUUUGAAGUGUAUUUAGAUUUAAGAAUUGUGUGCCUCCGUGUAUAAACAGAUAAUUAUAUGAAGGAUGGUAAACAUCUAAGUGAUGAAUGUUUUAUUGAACUUAUGUAACAUAGAUAUUAUAUAGUAUGUAAGGAUCGCCUUCGGGAUAAGAGACUUGUUUUGUAUGGAGCGGCAACACGUACACAUGUAUGUGAUAUUAUGGCUAGGAGCUGACGAUGUUAUGGGAAUUGAUUGGUUUGAGGCGUAACAUUGUAUCAUUGGUUACCAUAAGCACUUAUAGUAUUUGAAAUAAAUAUUUACAUUGA